GCAUCCACAUUCAGCAGUACCUCUUUGGACAUUUUCUUGUAGUGAAUGGUUCUUUCCUUACUUUUCCCUAUUCAAUCUCAAUCAUCUCUUUUUUCUCUCUUCUCUCUCACUCUGCUCAAUUCAGGACACCUUUUUCCUUCUGAUCCUUCUGGAUAUUGGUUUACUUGAGUGCAUAAUAUCAGCCUGAAGCUGUACGUAAUUCUGGAUAUCUAAGCCACACCGGAAAAAUCAGCAUGCGUUGGUUGGGUCUUUCUGUUGACGUGUUCCGCCAAGUUAUACAGUUGAACUUGUAUUGUAAAGUUAUUCUGUAGAUGAUCAUUUCCAAAAAUCCUAUAUUUUUUUGCUUCUGGUCUCUUUGCUUAGCCACUGCCAUGGAUGCCAACCAUUGUCUGAUCGUUUCUUCUGAUAAGUAUAGAAUUGGCUAAAAGAUAGGAAGUGAAGGCAGAUUCUGUUGUUUUGUAUUUUCAGUAUGUUCUUAUCUCAUAUUGUUCUCUAGUUCUAGCUGAUUCUGAUUGUGUUUAGCUUGGGGUAACUUCAUUGUGAUAUUCAAUUGAGCGUUUAUUCUCUGAGUGCAAUAACAUUAGAUUGAUUGAGUAGUGUGGUGAGAAACAAAAGAAGUUAUGGUGUGCCAAGCAGCGAGCCAAACAAGAUUCCGGGCAUUAAAGCAUGAGUAUGGCAUUGAUGGUGCAGCAACAAUUAUUGUUAGAGUGAUAGCAUGCUUUCAACCCUUGCAUUUUUGUCAGGCUGAGUACUUCCGUCAUUUGCUUAAGCCUGUCACGUAGAUUGCUUCACAUUUCCUUCUCACUAAGCUGGAAUUUGUAGUUUUUUUUUAUUUUUUUUUCCUUUGUUCCUUAGAAAAGCAGCAAGUUUCCAAAGAUCUCAUACAAGAGCACCAUAACAUCUACUGGUCAUUUGUUUUGUUGGAUGGUUAAGGCUGACGAGUCUUUGCCUCGCCCACACCAUGUGGCUUGGCAAUCACCUUCUUCUAAUCACUUCAGUAUACUGCCUAAGCCCAGCUUACUCAGUCUUCCAGCAUAUCUGAAUUCAAGCACUUCCAUCUUGCCUGCUGUCAGUACAUUUCAUGGGCUUGCAGCUCCUUCUAUCCCAAGUCUGAAGAGCAUGCUAAAAAAUGAAGUGCAAGGAUUCCUUCAGUAUUGCAAUGCUGACACAAGUUUGAAAGAAACACAUUUUGGAGGAGCUUUACAAAAUGCAAAUCCUUCUUUGCAGAAGAGGUUACUGAUCUUUGACCGCUCUGAUAAUAAGACAAGGUUGUUUUAUGGUCCUGUCCUCCCUCUUGUCCAGAGUCCAACUGUUACUGCUACAAAGUUUGCUCAAAGUUAUGGCAUAAAUGGGGAGGGACAGGCCAGUAAUGUGGGUCAAAAGCAUCUAACCAGAUACAGUUUACUGAAAGAGUCUGUUAAGGAUCAUGCAAUUACUGAAGAAAGUGAAAACCAUGAAGAUACAGAAGAAAUAAAUGCACUGCUUUAUUCUGAUGAUGAAAGCCCUGAAGGCGAUGAUGAUGAUAGUUGUGAUGAGGUAACAAGUACAGAUCAUUCUCCAUUGGCAACUAAUAAGACUUAUGUGAUACAAGAGCAAUUUGAAGACACGAAGGAGGAGGUUGCUAGCUCUGAUUGGCCUAACAAAAGGCUAAAGCUAUUUGAUGGUGACUAUAAUAGAUCAUCCACACCUGCGGACAGGUAUAGUUUGCUAAGACCAAAUGAAACCUGUGAUUGUGUAAGCGAUGCUGAAUCAAAGAAUUCUUGUGGCUGGGCAUAUUCUGUUGAUAAAACUAAAGUAGAUAAUUCAGUGGCUUGCGAUAUCAAAUUUAAAAAGGAUAAGAUCAGUGAAUCAUUGAAAGUUCUUGAAAAUUUAAUUCCUGGUGCAAAAGGAAAGGGGCCACUGUUAGUCAUUGAUGGAACUAUUGAGUACUUGAAAAUUUUGAUGUCCCAAACUGGUGCUCUUGGGUGAAAUAUCACUAAGUAGUACUCACAGUCACAGCCACUGAUACAGCAUAUUGGUUGAAGGGCACAUUCAUGGUGAAAAGAUGUUCUUUGAAUUCUUAGCUUUGUUGGUUGAUAUGUUUAUCUUAGCAUGUUUGCUUCUUGUCUUCUUUAAAUCCUCUUUCUUGAGGUGUACAUACAUGGUUGGGAAAUAAAGGUGUACUAAUACUGAAAUAGAUAGUAUUGCACUUUGGCACUUUGGUUGGGGAAAAAUGCAGGAUAUGGGGUUUCAAUUUGUUGACCAACAUGAUUAUCUUGUAGCUUUUUUUGGAGAUUAAAGGUCACAGAUUGAAGUGAUGGAGAUGGUAGUGGAGGGUCUUUGCUGUAAAUGAGGACACUUUUUUUUUUUCUCUCAAGUGUUGCACUCUCUCUUGGUGAUUGAAUGCAUGCACAUUAGGCAACUGCGGUCCCACUUUCAGCCCUCCUUUUUCAUUCUUUCAAGGUUGCACGCAUAUCAUGCUGGCAUCUACUCUAAAAGUAACAAGAAAGUCUCCUGAUGUUUGGCAAAGUGAGCUUAGUGUUUCAUUAUGAGUUGCUAGGGCCCCCUUCGUUUGGAUAUAUAGCAUUUUGUGGUAAAGGUUACUUUGUUUUACAUGUUGAGGGAGGGAGGAAUGAUGAUAAGCAAUUCUAGUUUCUGCUUUGUAAUUCAUAAUAAUAUUGGUGGUCUAGGUCUCUUUUUGAUGAUGCUAUUAUGUAGCUGUCAAGUGUGUGUGAUUGUAAGAAUAAUUGGAGUGUGAAUGGUUAUGGAAGUGGUGUAUGCAGUUUAUAGUCUAUCAUGCUUCAUGCAUGUAGUUCAUCUUGUCAGUUGUUAGCUGAUGUGGUUUUCAUGUUUGUACAUAUCAUUUUCUUUCAAUCUGUGCUUCCUCAUUACUUGUUA